AACCUACCGGGAGUCCUCAGAAACUAAAUAAAAUUGCUAGGUUUCUUUACUUGUGUAUAUAGACUUUUACUUAACCUGCUUUCACAAGUCAAAGCCAAUUUGAAAUUGGAUAUUUUAAAAUAAGUAUUAAAAUGGUGUUUAAGUGUCAGGAAGACUCUUUUUUAAAAGAGUUUGUGUCCAAAGUCGUUUCGUGCAAAGAGACCGAAAUAUGUCUAAACGAAGGAGGAAAAAAAGUAAACAAACCGGGAUAUGAAGUUAUUCUUGAAGAUACCAUAAUUUUUCCUGAGGGAGGCGGACAGCCUUCUGAUCAUGGUUUCCUGAAUGAGAUACCAGUAAAGCAAGUAAUUCGAAGGGAGGACAUUGCUAUACAUCUUACAGAGAGCCCAUUAAAUGUUGGUGAUACAGUUAAGCAAACAAUCGAUUGGGAAAGGAGGUUUGACCAUAUGCAGCAACACUCUGGUCAACAUCUUAUUUCAGCAGUUUUGGAAAAAAAAUAUAAACAUCCCACUAUAUCAUGGUGGCUUGGUGAAGAUGUGUCAUAUGUUGAAUUGGAAUCCACUUCUAUUCCUCCAGAAGAAAUAAAAGACGCCGAAAAGUACUUAAACAAACUUAUUAGAGAUGGUUUGAAAGUAACAGUUCAAGUUUAUGGUGAAAAUAUUUCUGAAGAAGAACUUAAAGAGGCUAGAAGUGUUAGAGGAUUACCAACAGAUCAUAAAGGUGACAUAAGAGUAAUAAAUAUUGAUGGAGUUGACACUAAUAUGUGCUGUGGGACACAUGUUACUAACUUAAGCCAGCUUCAAGUAAUUAAGCUGUUGCAUACAGAAAAGAAAAAAGGAAGGAUCAUAUUAUAUUUUCUAGUUGGAAACAGAGUUUUAAACAGGCUUGCAGCUUCAUUGGAUAGGGAACAACAAAUAACUGCACUGUUGAAGGGUGGACCAAAUGAACAUGUUGGUUUGAUUGAUAAGCUGCAGAAAAAUGUUAAAACACAAUCCAAAAAUUUGCAAAGUGUAUUGAAAGAUAUGGCUACUUUUAUGGCUAACCAACUGAAUGAAACACUUCCAAUACCAGAAUAUUUUAUAUACCACAGAUCUGGUGCAGAGCCUGAUUUUAUGAAUCAUUUUAUCAGGGAGCUGGACAGGACAGAUAUUUUCUUAUUCUUGUCAGUUGGUGAUGACAAAAAAGAUGGGAACAUUCUCUUAUAUGGUAUUGAGGAAGAUGUUCAAGCUCUUGGUGACAAAUUAUCUGACAUUCUUGGAGGCAAAGGUGCACGAAAAGGAAACAGAUAUCAAGCCAAAGUUACUAAAAUGGCUAACAGAUCUAAAGCAGAAGAUUGUGUUGUUAACUAUUUUAAGCCACAGUCUUAAAUUUCAGUUGUAAAUUACAUGAAGCAUAAUAAAGUCAUUGUAUAAAGUUUA